UAUCUUUCCACUUUUUAAUUUAUCUUGCUCCACUUCAAUUUAUCAUUCUCUCUCCUAAAACAAAACCCCAUCUACUACUGAUAAACAAAUAAGGGAAGGGGAAAAGGGUCAAAUUGAAGGGUUCCUGUUACCAAAAUCACUGGUGAAAUUCUCGACGGCAUUGUUAUCGGUAUACAUGGAUUAUAAUAUGCAAAUUCGAAUGCUCCUCUUAUGUAAGGAAUACAUGGAUGAAGAGGAUACAUUUUGGGAUUUGAUGGAUUGCAUAAUAGGUUGUAUUAGCAAGUAUUACUUAAAUCAUAUUUAUAAGGUACCAUGCAUGACCUCAUAUUUUACUGGACAAAGGUGGAUGAUUGAAUUAUUAAAUGGUCAUGAAACACGAUGUUUUAAUGCUCUUAGAAUGUAUCCUCCUUUGUUUAUGCAAUUAUGCACAGAUUUGGAAACUAGGUAUGGUUUGAGGUCAUCAUAUCGUAUGUCGAUUAUAGAAAAAGUAGGCAUAUUUAUUUAUGUCCUUGCUCAUGGUGCCCCAAACAAAAUAACUCGGGAACGUUUCCAUCACUCUGGAGAAACUGUGAGUAGAGUAUUCAAAGAAGUAUUAUAUGUUAUAGAUGGAAUGUCUAGGGAUAUACUUGUACCUAGAGAUCGAGAUUUCAAGGAGGUGCCGCAAAAGCUAGCUAACGAUGCUAGAUACAUGCCGUACUUCAAGGAUUGUAUUGGAGCUAUAGAUGGAACACAUAUAUCAAUAAUUGUUCCCGAAGAGGAUCAAAUACGUUAUAGAGGAAGGAAAGGGAUACCAACUACAAAUGUUUUAGCGGUAUGUGACUUUGAUUUGUUGUUUACAUAUGUCUUAACUGGAUGGGAAGGUUCAGCACACGAUUCUCGUAUAUUUCUUGAUACAAUCGGUGAUCCAAGACUCAAGUUUCCAAAACCACCAGAAGGUAAAUACUAUGUUGUGGACAAAGGCUAUCUAGAAAGAAAGGGAUAUUUGACACCUUAUCCUAAGACGAGGUACCAUCUAUCGGAGUAUCGUGGUGUAAAUCCGAGAGGUAUCAAAGAAGUUUUUAAUCGUGCUCAUUCAUCCUUGAGAAGUUGCAUUGAAAGGUCAUUUGGUGUUCUUAAAGCUCGAUGGAAGAUUCUAGAUAAGGUUCCUAUGUACUCAUUCAAAGAUCAAAAUAGAAUAAUAUGUUCUUGCUUUGCAUUACACAACUAUAUUAGACGAAGUAGUAUUGGCGAUCCGGCUUUUAGACUCGUGGAUAGAGAUCCUAACUUCAUACCCCCCGAGGGAAUUGAGGAUGUUGAAACUAGUGUCCCUCCAUGUGUUCAAGAGUCGUCAACUAGGGAAAUGACAACAGUUCGCGAUAACAUUGCUGCUUGUUUACUAGAAGCUAGACGACUAAGGAGACUUAGACAAGUACAUUAGAUAAUUUAGAUUCUUAUGGGUUUUUUUCACAAGUUACAUAACUUAGAUACUUCAUGCUUUGUUCACUUUAGAUUGUAUUAGAUUGUAUUACGACAAUCUAUUUAUUGAUUAUUUGUACUUCUAAUAAAAACACUAUUUCUCUUU